AUGAAUAAUUAAAAGCAAUAGAUAAUUGUUUAGCUUUUUGGAAAAUGGUAUGAUUUAACAGAAUUCUCAGAAUUACAUCCAGGAGGAAAAGAAAUAUUAGAAAAAUUAAAUGGGAAAGACGGCACAGAUAGUUUUUAUGAAGCUGGACAUCUCUCAAAUCAUGCUGUGUUGCAACAUUUAUCAAGACUUCCAAUAAUAGAGAAACCGAAACUCUGA